CAUGAUUUGUUCCGAUAUGAACAGCAGACAUAAACUUCCGGAAUUUCCUCACCGGUUCAAGCUCUUGCGUGCAACUACCAAAGAAGGUUUUGCCAUUUCGUGAUUUAUUUUACAUUAAAUGACACAUGGCGUCGGCGGUGAAACAAGAACCAGUAGAAGAAAUUGAUUUAGAGACAAGGAUCCUUCUUCUCUGUCAGUCUCACCCUGAAGGAAUUGAUGAUGCAACAAUUCAGGCUGACAUGCCUCAGUUUGAGGUGAAGCAGAGAGUCACAGCCAUCAACCGGCUGCUGUCAACUGGACGCAUUGACUUGCUGAAGAGUGGUUCGAAGUUAGUAUACAGGUUGAAAGAUCCAGAAGCUGCUAAUCAGGUGAAAGGCGCAGACCACCAGGAGAAGCUGGUCUACCAAAUCAUCAAGGAGGCCGGAAACAAAGGAAUAUGGAUCAGGGAUAUCCGAUACAAGAGCAAUCUGUUAAUGACCCAACUCAACAAAAUCCUAAAAAACUUAGAAAGCAAAAAGGUGAUCAAAGCUGUCAAGUCUGUAGCAGCCUCCAAGAAGAAGGUGUACAUGCUCUACAACCUGGAACCAGACCGGACAGUGACUGGUGGGGCGUGGUACAGUGAUCAGGACUUCGAGGCCGAGUUUGUGGAGGUCCUCAACCAACAGUGUUACAAAUAUCUGGAUCAGAAGGCGGCCCAAGCUAGAGAAUCUCAGAUUGACCCUAUAGCUCAGAAAAAUGGUGCCUUUGCUCCCUCUAAAGAUGUUUGGAAGUUCAUAUCGGAACUUGGAAUAAGCAAAGUCCAACUGUCUGUGGAGGACAUUGAGACGAUUCUUGACACUCUUAUUUAUGACGGCAAGGUGGAACGUACUAUAGUGGCUGGACAAGGGACAACAGGGGACAGCGGUCAACUGAGAUUGUACCGAGCUGUUAAACCGGUCAUCCAACCCACAGGACUUGUGAGGAUACCCUGUGGAACAUGUCCAGUGUUUGAGCAGUGUCACGAUGGAGGAAUUGUCUCCCCACAGACAUGCGUCUACAUGAAGGAGUGGUUGGACAUAUGACAGGCAGUGUUUUGUAUAUUUUGUAAAUAAACAAUGAGAUUUAGUAAUA